AUGACGGAGACAAAAGUUCGCAUAUUGAUGUGUAGACCAACAUAUUACAAGGUAUUUUACUCAAUUAACCCAUGGAUGGACCUCAACAACCCUGUAGAUACUAAUAAAGCAACUAAACAAUGGGAAAAGCUAAAGGAUACUAUCGAGAAGUGUGGAGCAAAAGUUGAAGUAAUGGAACUGGAUGAGGACGCAAAGGAUCUUCCGGACAUUGUGUUCACGGCGAAUGCGGGAAUUGUGCGAGGGAAACAAGUCUAUCUAGCAAAUUUUACUCAUAAACAGAGGAAACCUGAAUGGAAGAUUAAUGACAAAUGGUUCAAGGAGCACGGAUUUAAAACACAUUUCAAUCCGAAUAUCUCUCAUGAGGGUACCGGAGACGCGUUGUGGAUCAACAAAGGGAAGAUUUUACUUGCCGGAAUUGGGCCUAGAUCUGACUUAUGCGCACUAACUGACAUUCACAAGAGGUUGUGCACAAGUGGAGAUGAUUUCAAAGUGCUGGCCGUGAAACUUGUCGACGAAAGGUUUUAUCAUCUCGACACAUGCAUCUGCCCACUCGACGACAAUCUUGCAUUGUGGUAUCCGAACGCUUUUCAUCCAAUCUCACAGUUCAACAUAAGCAAUUACUUGGAACUGUUGCCAGUUACUGAGAGCGAAGCACAGCAGUUUGCAUGUAAUGCUGUGGUUAUUGGGAAAGAUGUCAUUAUGAACGAAGGGAGCGAGAGAAUAGCUAAGGUGCUGCAGAGUCGUGGAUUUAGAGCACACUUCCUUCCAAUGUCUGAAUACCUGAAAUCCGGUGGAUCAUCCAAGUGUCUGACUUUGCGUCUUGAUUAUGACUGGUACAAGAGCUAA